AUGGGGUGCCUCCAUUCCACGCCCAAGCGCCAUCCAGGCUACCAGGACCCCAUCCCACUCGCCUCCCAGACCGCAUUCAGCGUCAGCGAAGUCCAGGCCUUGUUUGAGCUGUUCAAGAGCAUCAGCGGCUCUCUCAUCGACGACGGCCUCAUCCACAAGGAAGAGUUCCAGCUUGCCUUGUUUGAGAAGAGGACAGACAAUUUGUUGGCUAGUCGGAUAUUUGACCUUUUUGAUAUCAAGAAAAGGGGGUUCAUUGACUUUGUUGACUUUGUUCUAGCUCUAAAUAUAUUUCACCCCAACAUACCAAUGGAAGACAAAAUUGAUUUUUCAUUCAGGCUAUAUGAUUUGGACAACACAGGAUUUAUCGAACGGAAAGAGGUCAAGCAGAUGCUUGUUGCUCUUCUGAGUGAAUGGGGACUGAGGCUAUCAGAUGAAAGCAUUGAGUUAAUCCUUGACAAGACAUUUUCAGAUGCUGAUGUAAAUCAGGAUGGAAAGAUAGAUAAAGCAGAGUGGGAGAACUUUGUCUCAAAAAAUCCGUCCUCGAUGAAGAUAAUGACUCUUCCAUACCUUAAGGACGUAACGACCAUGUUCCCUAGCUUUGUUUUUCACUCGGAGGUUGAUGAUGUCCUGACGUGA